UAUGAUAUAAAUAGGACUUAGCUGUAGUACCUAGGUAGGUACGUAUACAGAUAUUAUGUAGGUACAUAGGUACAAGUACAUCCAUGUAUUCCGUAGUGCAGUGCAAAUUCCUUAUCGAUAAUGAUGCCACCCCCACUAGGUUACCUAAGGUAAGUCUCUUACCUAGAAGUGCCAAGAUUUCGUAGUUGAUAAAGUAAGCGAUAAACUCCGCACUAAGAAAAAAUUCCCACCAGCAAAAACCAAUUCUUGUUCCAUCCAAUCAAGGCUUGGCCUCACCUGCUUUUUUGCUGUAGCCCAAGGCGCCAGGCGUUUCUAAUACUGGUACGACUGCUGCGGGUAACCAACUUUUUUUUUUUUUUUUUUUUAACCUUAAACCUUUUCUUCCAUCUACUAAUCUCCAUCAUCCAAUUUUAACGAAGUCAAUCACUUCAACCUACGUUCGUUUUUCGAUUCGAUAAAUACCACCGGUAGUAGGAAGCACCAAGGAUCAUUCUACUUGAUAUCCUAGUUUAAUAGGCAUUAUGGAGGACUCUUCGUUGAAGGAGCGUCUCCUCAAUUCACAAAAGUCCUUCGAUGGACUCUUGUCCUUAAUACCUGCCAGGAUGUAUUAUGGAGAAGACACGACCGACCAAUGGAAACGGAAGAAGCAGACCAAAGCUGAGGCGGCCGCUGCCCGACGUAAUAAGCUCGACCCCGACAGUGCGCUAAACCGAAGUGUCAAAGAAGUUAUGGACGAGCAGGCAUUGAAAAAGCGGAAGCGCAAUCAGAUGCAAGAUGGGGAUGAUGAAGACUGGUCUGAUGUUGAAGGAGUUGAGACUGAGAAGCCUGGUGAAGGCUUAAAGAGGAAGGCGGCACAAGAUGCCAAGAAACAGAAGAAGUUGAACAAGGAGCAACAACCCGAGCUAAGCGAAAAAGAACGGCGACUGCAAGAGAAGAGAGCUGCGCGAAAGGAACGGAAGGCAGAACGACAACAGCUACGGGAAGAGGAGGCGGCCUUCCAGAAACAAACUAUCAAGGGUGUCAACAAGAUCAAGUUAGGGUCUAGAGAAACGAAGACCAGCUCAGCGCCAAAUGGUGAUAUCAAAUCCGCCGACGCUAGCACCGAGACUGACGAUGAGCAGCAAGAGGCGGAAGAAGAAGCUGAUGCUUCAGACGUCAAGCCCAUUGAUGUUUCUGGUCUCGCUGACGCUACCCAAGAACAAAACUCGGUCUCUGCCCCCUCGCCCCCUCUAUCGGAACCUCAAUCCCCCGUCUUCGACACCAACGGUACGCCCGCCGACUCAACCGGCCAAGCUCCAAGUACAACAACGUCUGUAUCAUCCUCCGCCCCUGCUGAAAAGCCAAAGCAUAUCAAGAUUCCCCCUGAUACCACCGCUCUUCGUGCUCGUCUUGCGGCAAGGAUACAAGCACUCCGCGAUGCGCGAAAAGCCGAUGUUGAUGGAAAGCCCAUACGUACGCGUCAGGAGCUGAUCGAAGCGCGACGCCAAAAACAAGCAGAACGAAAAGCACACAAGAAAGAGUUACGGCAAAAGGCUAAAGUAGAAGAAGACCUUAAGCGUGAAGAGGCUUUAGCAUCUGCCCGUAACUCUCCGGGCAGCAUUCUCAGCCCGGCCAUCGAUCUCGAGAACAAUAACUUCUCCUUUGGCCGAAUUGGAUUUGGUGAUGGCUCUCAAUUAUCUCAUGACCUCUCACAUGUUCUCAGUAGCGGCAAGAAGAAGGGCCCAUCGGAUCCCAAGACAGCCCUUGAAAAGCUAGAGAACCAAAAGAAGCGGCUGCAAGAGAUGAACGAGGAUAAGCGAAAGGACGUUGAAGACAAGGAGCUUUGGCUUACUGCGAGGAGACGUGCAGAAGGCGAGAAGAUCAAGGACGACGAAAAGCUGCUCAAGAAAGCUGUCAAACGUAAGGAGACGACAAAAAAGAAGAGCGAAAAGGAAUGGUCAGCCAGGAAAGAUGGUGUCGCCAAGGCAAUGAAGGAUCGACAAAAGAAGCGAGAGGAAAACAUCAGGAAACGACGUGAGGAGAAGCUCGCGGGCAAGAGUGGCAAGAAGAAGGGAGCUAAAAAGGCCAAGAGCAGAGCAGGGUUUGAGGGUUCGUUUAUAGGUGGAGGGAAGAAGAAAUAAGUUACUACGUGAUCGGUCUAUGCCUAAAUGGGGCUUACCGUCCCAUCCCUUUACUUAAGGUCUUUGGCAUCAUGUAUAUAGUGACCAGCAGUUGGCGUGUCUGGGUUAUCUAAACAUUUUAACACCCUGUAGCCUCGAUGUCUCUCUUGUAAAAACUACCGAGGACUGCAACCUUGUCUCACUUAACUUGAGGAUGUAAGUGAGAAUUUAGAUUUGUUGAUAUGAAGAAGCAUGAACUUAGUUAGGAUUGGACAGUUGAUUUAACUAGGACCCCUUUGUUCUGGGUGUCUUAGUGGU